CCUAUUCAGUAAAUUCAGUUCCGUUUGGGCCGUCGAGCUGCGUGUCACGGUACUCCCGUUUGCUCCUGUACGUUUCUGAGGCCGCUCGCUCUCGCUUCCGUUAAAUUCGUAACACUCUCCCACGUUCUCGGCGCUAGUUCUUGCGGCGCGCGCCCGCGAGGAACUACGACAUGUCGGAUUCAGAAGGUAGGCCGAGGAAGAAAGAGAAGAAGGACAGAUUCGGUGGUUUUAUCAUCGAUGAGGCUGAGGUAGACUACGAAGUUGAGGAUGACGAUGAGUGGGAGGAAGGUGCCCAAGAAAUUGGUAUCGUGGGAAACGAGGUGGAUGAGCUGGGACCGACUGCACGCGAGAUUGAAGGACGACGCAGAGGUACAAACCUCUGGGAUUCGCAUAAGGAGGACGAGAUUGAGGAGUAUCUCCGAAAGAAGUAUGCCGACGAGUCGAUUGCCGCCCGUCGCUUUGGCGACGGCGGCGAAGAAAUAAGCGACGAAAUCACUCGGCUAACUUUGUUGCCCAGCGUGAAGGAUCCCUAUUUGUGGAUGGUCAAGUGCCGAAUAGGAGAAGAGAAAGCCACCGUGCUCCUAUUGAUGCGAAAAUUCAUCACGUAUCAGUUUUCCAACGAGCCCCUGCAGAUAAAAUCCGUUGUCGCGCCGGAAGGUGUUAAAGGUUACAUUUACAUAGAAGCUUACAAGCAGCCGCAUGUGAAAGCUGCUAUCGAAAAUGUUGGAAAUCUCAGGAUGGGUAUAUGGAAGCAGCGAAUGGUACCGAUUAAGGAGAUGACAGAUGUGCUGCGCGUAGAAACGUUGAAACGUAAGAAGAAGAGACGACCGCCAGCGAAACCAUUCGAUCCCGAAGCGAUCCAUUCUAUCGGCGGGGAGGUUACCAGCGAUGGAGAUUUCCUUAUUUUUGAAGGAAAUCGAUACAGUCGUAAAGGAUUUCUUUCGAGAAUGUCCGUCGACAACGGCGGAAUUGCCUCACCGAUGCAUCCCAGCGGAGGUGGUUUUGGAUGAGGUGGCGGCGGUGGAAGAGGCAGAGGCCGUGGCGGCGGCGGUGCAAGACGCGACAGGGAAGUAAUUGGAAAUACAAUCAAAAUA